UGGCAACAACUAGCUUAGUAGGAGGCGGCACUGGCAGUUGACACGGCGCACACACUUCUAUCUUCAGACAUUGGACAGACUCUUCAACAUACUCUUGUGACCAUUAAUAUAAAUUGGCCUGACAAAUUCAACUAUUUGGGGGAGGGGAUGAUACAAAUAUACCACUUUGUAGGAAGGAGUAAAGCGACCGUCGGUCACCACUUGCAAAUAAACACCCCGGAACUGGUUAGCUAGCUAACGUUAGUAACGUUACGCUCAGUUGGCUAGCUUUUUAUUGGCAAUGUUUACUAGCGUUGGUUGCUAGCUACACAAUUGUCAACACGCGUGGAGAAUAAACGUUUGGCCUGUGUACUAUCAGCAAGACAGCUUGUUCUCAACACCGAAAACUUCACGGCGACCUACCACCACUUCUAGCUCCGAAAAUGGCUUCAAGAGGGGGCUUUACGGCUACUCAGAUGAACCCCAGUGUUAACCCCAUGAACGCUGGACAUGCAGGCGGUGGAAUGAGAAUGCCAGGAAUCCAACAUAAUUCGGGUUUCCGAGCCAUGAAUGCCACUCCUCAGUACCAUCAGCACCCUGGUAUGCCUUCCAACAGAGGGAUCCCGAUGGGGCCAAUUGGGGGCCCUGGACCCUCUUAUGGGGGCGGGAACAUGCCCUUACGCAUAGGAAUGGGGCAAUCAGCCAUGGAUGCCUCUCGAAAGCGAUUCCUUCAACAACAACCGCAGGGGGGGCUGGGAGGCCCAAGGCGUGGCAAAAGGCGCAGGAUGGCCGACAAGGUGCUACCACAGAGGAUACGAGACCUGGUUCCAGAGUCUGAGGCCUAUAUGGACCUGCUGGCCUUUGAGAGGAAGCUGGACCAGACCAUCGCCCGCAAACGCAUGGAGAUCCAGGAAGCCAUCAAAAAGCCCAUUACGCAAAAGCGCAAGUUGAGGAUCUACAUAUCCAACACCUACACUCCCGGCAAGCCAGAAGGAGAAGAGGCAGAAAAAGUGUCAUCCUGGGAACUAAGGGUGGAGGGAAAACUCCUUGAGGAUCCUGGGAAACAGAAGAGGAAGUUUUCAUCCUUCUUUAAGAGUCUGGUCAUUGAGCUCGAUAAGGAACUGUAUGGACCUGAUAACCACUUGGUAGAGUGGCACAGGAUGCCCACCACCCAGGAGACAGACGGCUUCCAGGUGAAGAGACCAGGGGACGUGAGCGUGAAAUGCACCCUGCUCCUAAUGCUGGACCACCAGCCCCCACAGUACAAGCUGGACCCAAGACUGGCCCGGCUGCUAGGUGUACACACCCAGACACGGGCUAGCAUCAUGCAGGCGCUGUGGCUCUACAUCAAGAACAACAAGCUGCAGGACAGCCACGAGAAGGAGUACAUCAACUGCAACCGCUACUUCAGACAGAUUUUAGGCUGCACACGUAUGCGGUUCUCUGAGAUUCCCAUGAAGCUGGCUGGCCUGCUGCAGCAUCCUGACCCCAUCAUCAUCAAUCACAUGAUCAGCGUGGACCCGAACGACCAGAAGAAGACGGCGUGCUACGACAUUGACGUGGAGGUGGACGAUCCUCUGAAGGCCCAGAUGAAUAGUUUCCUGUCCUCCACUACCAAUCAACAGGAGAUCGCCGCCCUGGAGAUGAAGAUCCACGAGACCAUUGAGUCUAUUAACCAACUGAAGACCCAGCGAGACUUCAUGUUGAGCUUCAGCAACAACCCGCAGGACUUCAUUCAGGACUGGCUCAAGUCCCAGAGUCGAGACCUCAAGUUGAUGACGGACGUGGCAGGUAACCCAGAGGAGGAGAGGAGGACUGAGUUUUACCAGGCCCCCUGGGUGCCAGAAGCUGUGGGCCGAUACGUCUACUCUAAGGUGCAGCAGAGAAGACAGGAGUUGGAGCAGGUGCUGGGAAUUCGACUCACCUGAGUCAUUAUGGAGCGUAGCUCCCCAAUCCACUAAAACAAAACAAGACACAUUUUAAGAUUGUCUUAAACUCCCAGUUUUACAUGAAUCAUAUCCAAAACACAACCACAACUGGAAUCCGCUUCUAUCAAUUCGCAUUGCCUUUUUCAACCACUUUGUAAUAGCAUAUGUUUAUAUAUAUAUAUAUAUAUAUAUAAACAUAUCUAUCUAUAUCUAUUGCAGCUAAUGUGUCUUUCAAUCACAAAGCCUUGUGUCUUUCAAUCACAAAGCCUUAUGUCCUUAUGGGAAUAGUUUGGUGCAAUGGUUUCAGCAGGGUAAAGGCUUUUGAGUACUUUGCUGGUAUCUGUUAGUAGCAUUUUUUUUUUUCAAAGUAAUUACUUUGA